UGCGCUCAGGUGGGCGCAGCAGCAUCAGCAGAGAGCCGCCAGACUGGAGGCGGAGGCGCAGUGAGCGGCGUUCAGCGGAGCACUGCUGAGGAGGAGGCAGUUCAUCACCACAGAAGAAGUUCAGUCUUUCAAGAAGAACGAAGAGAAACCUCCUUAAACAGCAGUCCACCCUUUAUCAUCCCUGCAUCUGACACCUUCACCAGAAUGAAGCUGAAGAAGGAUCUGAACCCCAUGCUGCUGCUUCUCUUCCACCUCAUGGUAUGGAUCUAUACCACCAUCACCUUCCUGCCUGCAUACCUCCUCAGCUGGAUCACUACACCUCAUGGGGGUGUCUACGGCUCAGAGGAGGAACGAGCCAGGAGAGCGAAGGCUUGCUCAGUCCUGGGACAUCCAGAAGGACCCUACAGAGCAGUAAGAGCCACCAAAAGGCUUGUGACGUCGCUGCAUCCUGGAGUGGACACCCUGGAUAAGAUGUUUGAGUAUGCUGCCAGGCGGUUCCCUCACAGAGACUGUCUCGGGACGAGGGAGGUGAUCAGUGAGGAAGAUGAGCGGCAGAGCAACGGGAAGGUGUUUAAGAAGGUGGUACUUGGUGAGUACCGCUGGCUUUCUUAUAAAGAAGCCCAUACAGCAGCCACGCAGCUGGGCAGCGGUUUGACAUCGUUGGGCCAGAGACCAAAAACAAACAUUGCCAUUUUCUGUGAGACCCGAGCGGAGUGGUUGAUUUCUGCCCAGGCCUGCUUCAUUUACAACUACCCAUUGGUCACCCUGUACUCCACGUUGGGAGGUCCAGCUAUUGCUCAUGGGCUGAAUGAGGCCCAGGUCACCCACAUUAUCACGAGCAAAGAGCUCCUGGAGACCAGACUAAAGGCUAUCCUACCUGAAGUUCCAAGGUUGCAGCACAUUAUCGUGGUGGACAAGACGCCAUCCACAUGGCCCAGUUCUCCACGUGGCAUCAGUAUCCACAACAUGGCUGCUGUUCAGAGGCUUGGAGCCAGACCUGAGAACGCAACACGUGAGCGCACGCAGCCGCUGCCCUCAGACAUCGCCGUCAUCAUGUACACCAGCGGCUCCACAGGCAUCCCAAAAGGCGUCAUGAUCUCCCAUAGCAACAUCAUCGCCAGCAUUGCAGGGAUGACAGAGAGGAUCGAGAACCUGUGUGAGGAGGACACCUACAUCGGGUACCUGCCUCUGGCACAUGUGCUGGAGCUGAGUGCAGAGCUUGUUUGUAUUUCUCAUGGCUGCAGGAUCGGAUAUUCCUCACCUCAGACUCUUUCUGACCAGUCAACCAAGAUAAAGAAAGGGAGCCAAGGAGACACCAACGUCCUGCAGCCCACCCUGAUGGCAGCCGUUCCCGAGAUAAUGGACCGCAUCUAUAAGAAUGUGAUGACUAAAGUGGAGGAGAUGAACAGGAUCCAGAGAACACUCUUCAUCCUGGCAUACAACUAUAAACUGGAACAGCUUGCCAAAGGUUGCAGCACGCCACUGUGUGACAGGCUGGUGUUCAAGAAGGUUCGUUCUCUGCUGGGAGGUCGAACACGUGUCCUGUUAUCAGGUGGGGCGCCGCUUUCUGCAGCCACGCAGCGCUUCAUGAAUGUUUGCUUCUGCUGCCCAGUGGGUCAAGGAUACGGGCUGACGGAGACCUGCGGGGCCGGGACGAUCUGUGAACUGUGGGAUUACAGCACUGGGAGAGUGGGAGGACCGCUGGUUUGCUGUGAGAUCAAGCUAAAAGACUGGGUGGAGGGCGGUUACCAAAGCACGGACAAACCACAUCCCAGAGGAGAGAUCAUCAUUGGUGGACCCAAUGUAACCAUGGGGUACUACAAGAGCGAGGCUAAAAACCAAGAAGACUUCAUGGUAGAUGAGAACGGCCAGCGGUGGUUCUGUACGGGAGACAUCGGAGAGUUUCAUGAAGAUGGCUGCCUCAAGAUAAUUGAUCGUAAAAAGGACUUGGUCAAGCUGCAGGCAGGAGAGUACAUCUCUCCAGGAAAGGUGGAGGCCGUGUUGAAGAACUGCCCUCUGGUCGACAACAUAUGUGUGUAUGCCAACAGCGAUGAGACGUACGUUAUUGGCUUCGUGGUUCCCAAUCAAAAGCAGCUAAUGGCUCUGACGGGUCAGUAUGGUAUCCGGGGGUCGUGGGAGGAGCUGUGCAACAGCAAGGCGGUGGAGGAGCUGGUUCUGAAGGUGAUCACUGAGGCUGCGCUGACAGCCCAGCUAGAACGCUUUGAGAUCCCUUGCAAGAUCCGCCUGAGCCCAGACCCGUGGACCCCCGAGACCGGAUUAGUGACCGAUGCAUUCAAGCUCAAACGCAAAGAGCUGAAAACACAUUACAAAGACGAUAUAGAGAGAAUGUAUGGUGGGAAAUAACCACCAGAACCACACCAGACCCUCAAAUUACCUCCUCCACCCAUCAAUGACCUAAAUCUUAACACUCCUCAGAUCAUUAAAACAGAGAAGGAUUAACACGUUUUAGCUUUUAUUUGAAUUUCUCAUGAAAAUUUUUGAGGAUUAGUAUAAGAAGCUUGUUGUUUUUUUUCCCACUGUGGCCUUUUCUUCAUCCAGGUGUGGAGAUCUUUGUUGUUCCAGAUGUGAGUUAUGAAACAGAGCAGGUGUUAGCUGAUGUUGAACUCUUGUCUGAGUGAAACAGCAGAAACUCAGGUCAGUUCGCUGCCUCACUUCACCAGAUUUAGACUCACUCCGUCCACAAAUAAGUUUUUCCAUUCAGUGUCUCUUUGCUUUCCUGCAGGUCAGGAGAAGUUUGACUUUUUGCUUUCUUUUCUCUUUUUGUCUUGAACUUGUUUUGAGUUCUGCCCUUGGUUUAUUUUUUCUGCCACCCGCCGUCAGACUGGUAGGACAAAAUCAUAACGUCAUCUGAGGGCAAAAUAUGAAGCCCCGUCCAUCUGGUGAUUUACUCCUUCCAGUGAGGCUGAUUUCAGAGAUGAAUGAAAACUUCUGGGAUUAUUUAAGAUGAGAAGAAACUGCACAUGUGUUUAGUCUGUUGAAUCUCCCGCAUUGGCAGAGGAUCCUUUUGGAAGUUUACAGAAGAGAAAUUCCUGUUGAAUAGAUGGAAAAACUGUAAUCGUUGUUGUGUUUGAUUAAGUCUAGUGCAAUAUGAUCAUUUAUCAUUUCUGCCAAAGUAUGGCAGCUGAUUACAGAAAGGACAGAAAUGAAACUUUAUUUGGUCUAAAGCUUUGCCACAUAUGGAAGCAAAGUGUGAUGCAGAAACACAACCCAGGGUGAGACACCUGUCGCCUUUUCCUGAUUCCUGAAUGAUUCUCCACUGAAGUAAUAAACUGUGUAAACGUGGAGCUGUGAUCAGCAGAGGAAGCUCAUGCUCUUCUCCCACCACAUGGAGAGCCUGCCUCCCUACAUCCAAAUAUUUAUUUGUAAUUUGCCUUUUGGAUCAAAUAAAGUAAAUAAAGAUUGUGUUUUA